AUGUACAGUGAUCGCGGCACAACAUUUGUCUGUGCUGAUGCUCUAAUGAAGGAUGAACUACAAUUAUUACGAAACCAACUGGAGGCUGGCUCUGUGUACGCCUCAACAAUUGGCGUAAAUUGGCAUUUUAUUCCUCCUGCGGCUCCGUAUUUUGGGGGCCUUUGGGAAGCUGGAGUCAAAAGUGUGAAAUUUCAUCUAAAACGGGUGAUCAAUACCGCGACUUUAACGUUUGAAGAAUUCUACACACUCCUAAAACAAGUUGAAAGUUGGUUGAAUUCGCGAUCACUCACUGCUCUAUCUGAUGAUCCCGGUGAUCUGUCAGUAUUGGCACCAGGUCACUUUCUGAUCGGACGAGCGCCAAACACUAUACCAGAAUCUAAUAUAUUGAACACAAAAAUAGGCAUAUUGUUUCGAUGGAGAUUAUUAAGCUAG